AUGAGAGAGAAAAAAAAAAACCCCGAAGCCGGUGACACGACGGUCAUUAGCGAAACGUACGAGACGAGACGAGACGGGGCACUCGAAAUAAAAUCCCUGUGCGAUGCGCGCUCUUUGUUUCCGAAGCGUCGGCCGGUAUUUAGUGCAGGUGAUCGGACCGAUUUGGCCGCGGGGCUUAUAAAUAGGGCUGUCAGUUGGCGGAUGGCGAUUCGGUUCCCGGAUGCCGAUGCGUGGCAAUGUGGGACGGCGGCGUGUCAGUCCACGCCAGCUCUCGACCGCCUCGCCCAACCCUCGACCGUCCGGUCUACGCGUAUUAGGUUACGCGCUUCAGGUGCUACGAAAUCCAUAGUCGAUUCGGCCGCGGUCAGACAU